ACUGACAAAAAUCGCGGACAGCAGCUUUAACGUGAUUAUUAAUUGUAAGGAUUAUGAUGAAGAAAGAGAGGUGCAAAGAGAAGUAGCAGCUAUGGAAGAAUGAAUGAAAAGAGUUAACAUUAAAGAAUAUAUUAGUAUUAGGCAUAGGGCACAUGUUUACUGCGGUUUCCAAAACAAGAAAAGAAGAAGAAGACCAAAAAGACGAGUGUAAGGUCUCUGCGGAACAAAAGUGGGCAUUUCUGUAUUUGUGGGUGUUUUCAAACUGGUGGGUGUUUAUAUAUCAUGCAAUGAAAAUGAUCCCCUUCACCCGUUCCCACCCCUAAACCCUACCCACACUCUGAGGUGGGCAAACCAGGUAACGCUCUCAAAAACGGUCGUGUUUAUGGCCUCGCCCACUGAUCAUGACUGUCCUGCAGACUUGAAAAAGCGCGGACCGACCGUUACACACAGACACAUGUUCACACAGGAAACAAAUGCUCACUUAUGCUUCUGAAGAUCUGACUGCUGGAUUCGAUUAAGUCUUCAAGACCUGUUGGCGGAGAAAGACGAGAGCGAAUAACUGAAUCAUCAUCAUGACAAAACUGGAGACAUCUUUGAGUUGCUCAUUGAAAGGAAGGGCCAAAAAAUCUUUCACCUGUCCUCAGUGUGGAAAGAGUUUCCUGUACAAAAAAGGUCUUAAAUGUCACAUGAGGAUCCACACUGGAGAGAAGCCGUACGCAUGUGAUCAAUGCGGGAUGAGUUUUGCACAAAAAGGAUCUCUUAAAUCACACAUGAAAAUCCACACUGGAGAGAAGCCGUAUAAAUGUGAUCAAUGUGGGAAGAGUUUCAGACAUGCAAGCACUCUUAAAUCACAUCUGCGUUCUCACUCUGGAGAAAGACCAUUCAACUCUGAUCAAUGCAGCAAAAUAAAUCAGAGUGCAGAAUCCCUGAAGGUCCACCUGAAAGUUCAUGCACAGCGGAAGCGUCACGUGUGUUCUCUGUGUGGAAAGAGUUUUUCAUGGCUGGGUAAUUUAAAAGUACACCAGAAAAUACACAGCGGUGUGAAGGAUCAUAUGUGCUUUGAUUGUGGGAAGACCUUCACUAGAUCUGACACACUGAAAGACCACCAAAGAAUUCACACUGGAGAAAAACCUUACAAGUGUUCAUACUGUGACAAGAGAUUCAGUCUGUCAGGAGCUCUGAAAACACACGAGAGGAUCCACACCGGAGAGAAGCCGCACACAUGUGAUCAAUGCGGGAAGAGUUUUAUACUAAAAGGAUCUCUUAAGUCACACAUGAAAAUCCACACUGGAGUGAAGCCGUACACGUGCGAUCAGUGUGGGAAGAGUUUCAGACAUGCAUACACUCUUAAAUUACAUCUGCGUUCUCACUCUGGAGAAAAACCAUUUACCUGUGAUCAAUGUGGGAAACAAUUUAAGUGGUUAGGAAACCUGAAGAGUCACAUGAAAGUCCAUAUAAAGGAGAAGCCUUACAUGUGUUCUACAUGUGGAAAGUGUUUUAGUCGGCUGAGUUAUUUAAAAGUACACCAGAAAAAUCACAGCACUCUAAAGGAUCAUAUGUGCUUUGAUUGUGGUAAUACUUUUACAACAGCAGAUAUAUUAAAACAGCACCAGAGGAUUCACACUGGAGAAAAACCUUACAAGUGUUCACACUGUGACAAGAGAUUCAGUCAGUCUUCAAACUUGAAAAGACAUGAGAUGAUCCACACUGAAGAGAAACCGCACUCAUGUGAUCAAUGCGGGAAGAGUUUUACACUAAAAGAAUCUCUUAAGUCACACAUGAAAAUCCACACUGGAGAGAAGCCUCAUAAAUGUGAUCAAUGUGGGAAGAGUUUCACACAGUCAGGCACUCUUAAAUCACAUCUGCGUUCUCACUCUGGAGAAAGACCAUAUAACUGUGAUCAAUGUGGUAAAACAUUUCUUAGGGGAGAUCACCUGAAGAGGCACCUGAAUGUUCAUACAAAGGAGAAGCCUUACAUGUGUUCUUCGUGUGGAAAGUGUUUUAGUCAGCUGAAUACUUUAAAAAGACACAGAAAAGACCUUCACGGCAGCCAAGACACUGAAAAAGCACUAGAGGAGAAGAAACACAUGAGAGGAUCCACACCAGAGAGAAGCUGCACACAUGUGAUCAGUGCGGGAAGAGUUUAACUCAUUUAGGAUCUCUGCGUCGUCAUAAUAAAAACAGCUGUCUGAAAUUAAACUAGUUCAGAUCCAGCACAUUAAAAGUGUGUUGCUGCGUGCACGCCAAAUGUGA